GGUUCUUUUCUUUUCUUUAAUUCAAUUGAUAUAUCAUCCAUUUACAAUCAAAGAUGUACGUUGAACAAGUUCAUCAUAGAGGAUCUACUGUGACGGUUAAUGCCGUCAAGAGAUUUGUUUAUUAUAAUAAUAGUUCAUGGUUUGGUAAUAGAUGGUACAUGUUAUUUUUAUUACUUAUCCCAGCUGCUGUUUUCCUCUUACUUUGUAUGAGAAGAAGAAGAAGAAAUGCCACUGCCAUUCCAGUUGCUACUCAACAACCAUUCCCUCAACAACCUUAUCCAACUCAACAAACUGGGGGUACUUAUUACAAUCAACAAGACUCUGGUUAUAAUACAGGUUAUGUUCCACCAAGUCAUCCUCAACAAUCUUAUAAUGCUGGUAAUAGUUAUCAACAAAGUGGUUAUGGUCCAUCUCAUGUCACUGAUGAAGUCCCACAAUUCUCUAGACCAGAAGGUCCUCCACCAACUUAUAAGUCUUAGAUUUGAUUUAAAAAUAGAAAAAUUUAAAUUGCUAUAUCUUGAAAAUUAAAAAAACAUAUAUAUACCCUGCUUUCUAGUCUUUUUCAAAUCUUUUUUUUAACUUUUUAGUUCUUUGUUAGUUAUUUAAAGUGAUAUUUAUUUCGAAUUUGAU